GGUUGUCCGGGGAGUUUCUUUUGCUUUUGAGUGUAUGUUGAUUUGUCUGGAAUGUCUCGGUUGAUCACACGGGGAAGUUUGGCUUUGGAACGGUGAAAAGGAAGGUGGUUUAUAUAUUUAUACUGAAUGUAUCGCACGCGUUGUUGUGAAGUUUCUUCUGUUUCUCAGCUUUUUUUUCUGUAUCGCACAUAUCGCACCGUUGGAUCAAUUGAUCAUUGUGAAGUUAUACAAACAACGCAUACUGCACUGCUCUCGCAUAUAGUACCUGCCUAGUACUCGCACUCCCUUCCAUACUCACACAUCUCAUUUACAUCUAUUCUACAUCCCUACAACCUCAACUUCAACUUCAAAAAUGCACUUCUCAAAAGCAACCCUUCCUUUCGCGGCUUUGGUCUCCUAUGCUGCUGCUACGACUACAGCAGCGGCUACAAGUGGCUUCUCUGCUGCUUGUGACGCACAAAAUGUUCUCGAUGCAUGUGUGAGUUCGACGACGGCGAUCGCUCGGGCGUGUCAAACUACCGAUUAUAUUUGUUUGUGCACGAGUUGGAAUGCAGUUUUGACUUGCUACAAUGUAUGUCCCAACGACACGGGCUACACGGGGGUUCUCGCCAACAAGCAAGCCUAUUGUAACGAUGCCUUGGCCUACACAUCAACUACUACUUCCUCUGCGAUCUCAAAGGAUUGGUCUACGACUACCGCUGCAAGUGAUGCGGGUGGUGCGACGGCAACGACUACGGGAGCUGGGAGUGGAACUACUGGGAAGGCCCAAACGACUGGAGGGGGCUCAGCAAGUAAUACCGCGAGCGCGGCGGAGUCGACGGGCAGCAAUGAGAGUAGUGGGGCUGGGGAGAGGGUUGUGGGGGUUAAUGGAAUGAUGGGGGUUCUUGGGGCUAUGGCUGCUGUGGGUGCUGCGUUCUUUUAGGGUAGGGUAGGCUUAGGAGAGAGGGGGGAAAGAGAGGUAAGGGGAACGGCGGUUGAUAGGGUAUGAAGGGGUGAGUAUAUCUAAUGUGAGGGAUGCUCGGUAUGAGUUAAUUUGAGGAUGAGACAUGCUAUGAUUGAUUGAUUGAUUGAUUUUUAUUGAAUAAUGAGCGUAUGGAUGCAAUGAAUAAUAAACAUUUGAUGGAUCAAGUGGUAUAUAGUUUAAUUAACUAAUUUAAUCAUUUUAUGAACUCGGGGCA